GAGGAUCCAGCUCCACCCCUGCUCGCCUACCGGGGCUGUCGAGGUCUUGAAGAGAAGACGGCCUGAGUUCUACAAUACUGGGCCUGCCGCCUAUAGCCUCGCUGAGCCUCAGUUUGCUGGCCUGUGAAGUGGGCGUGGUCACCCGGAAGUGUUCCAUCGCCGUCGGGCUCAGUGCCAGGAGCCGCUGCCCCUUUCAGACCACUCUUUAAUGACUUUGGACCUCCCUCCAUGGGCUAUGUGCAGACGAUGAAGCCACCUGGUACCCAGGGCUCUCAGAGCACCUAUACGGACCUGCUAUCCGUCAUAGAGGAGAUGGGUAAAGAGAUUCGGCCCACCUAUGCUGGGAGCAAGAGCGCCAUGGAGCGCCUGAAAAGAGGCAUCAUCCAUGCCCGGGCCCUGGUCAGAGAGUGCCUGGCAGAGACAGAGAGAAACGCUCGCACGUAACAGGAAGCACCUUGGCCUCAGCGUCUGGACCUUUCCGGCCACUGCAGAGCACCUGCUUCUCCCUGGCCUUUGCCCCAAGUUGCACCUCCUAUCCUGGGCUUCCUGUCUUGUCCCUUGGUGGGUGCCCUCCAGGAACCAGGGAUCGACUUUCACUCCAGUGGGCAACGCUAACUGGGCUCCUCCCCCUGCAAGAGUUAGCUGCCAGGUCACUGUGAGUCCCACCCACGACCUGCCAGCAGCAGUGUUGGUCCCACUGGAGCGUUCUCCUUUCUUGGCCCCCAUUACUCUGCACUUACUUCUCACCACUUUGUCCCAGGCCUUCUCUUCCAGAAGGAGCUUAGAAGGCCUGUCACCUCCCUGCCUUGUCUCUGGGGCCAUAUUGACUCUUUUCUCAGUGUAUCUUUUGCUAAAUAUGCCCUUUUUAUAUAAAUAAAAAGAUGAUUUGGAGUUGUUCUCUCA